AUGUUCGGGGCACUGAACAGGUUUAUCGGCCGCCUAGACGAGCCCAGCCCCCAGCAGUCGCGAAACGACAACGCCUUCGGAUUCCAGGUCCUUCGCAACAAGGAUCCCGAGGUGCCUCUUGAGCCAUGGUUUGACUUCAUUGUUGGGAUAAAUGGACGAUUGAUAGAUGACCCCGACCCAAACCUCUUCGCAGCCGAAGUGCGCAAUUGCGCUGGAUCGCGGGUCACAUUCGGGGUCUGGAGCGCAAAAGGCCAACGCACACACACAGUAUCAAUUCCUGUGCCUCCGUCUAACCCAACCCUAGGACUCGCCGUCCAACUUGCCCCGCUAUCCUCUACACAACACAUCUGGCAUGUCCUGAACAUCCCUUCUCCUCUAAGUCCAGCCUACAGAGCCGGUCUCCUUCCUCACUCCGACUACAUUAUUGGCACGCCUAGCGGCACGUUACGAGGAGAAUCUGCGCUAGGGGAACUGGUUGAAGACCAUCUGAACCGCACACUAGUAUUAUGGGUAUACAACAGCGAGUUUGAUGUCGUGCGCACAGUGGACCUGGUGCCCACACGCGGAUGGGGUGGUGAAGGUGCCCUGGGGGCUGAGCUAGGCUAUGGAGCUUUACACCGACUACCAGUUGGGUUAGGAGAGGAGGUUGAGGGGCCCGGGGAGGUUGUUUUCGAGACGCGCGCAGAUGGGACGUCAACGCCCGUUGCGGAGGCGGUUGCUGGUGGUGCAGAUGCCGGAGCUCCUGUGCAGCCACCGCAGUUCCUUGUCCCCGCGAAUAUGUCUUCACCCCCGCCGUGGGCCCCCGCUGGCGCUGCAUCUGCUCCGCAGGUAUCUCACCACGGGAGGAAAGCGCGCGGAGGAGCAAGGGCAUCGCCUCACAAGGCGUUUGAUGAUUAUUUUGCAGAAGGCGAGCAAAAGAGCAAGGAGCAAGAUAGUGUACCGUCCCGGAGAGGAACACCGCUUCCUCCGCCGCCCAAGGCCGGGCCACAGGAAGAACAGAAGGAAGCAGAAUAG